GGAGAGUCCUUGGAGCGCGCGGGAAAGAGACCAAUAUAAACUGUGGCGGGAGAUUAGUUUUCGCGUCCUUGUCCAGUGAAACACCGUCGGUCGGCUGGGAAGUCAGUUGGUUCUCUCAUCUUCUCUCGUCUUGUUUGAACAUGGUGCGGACUAAAGCAGACAGUGUUCCAGGCACUUACAGAAAAGUGGUGGCUGCUCGAGCCCCUAGGAAGGUGCUUGGUUCUUCCACCUCUGCCACUAAUUCGACACCAGUUUCAUCGAGGAAAGCUGAAAAUAAAUAUGCAGGAGGGAAUCCCGUUUGCGUGCGCCCAACUCCCAAGUGGCAAAAAGGAAUUGGAGAAUUCUUUAGGUUGUCCUCUAAAGAUUCUGAAAAAGAGAAUCAGAUUCCUGAAGAGGCAGGAAGCAGUGGCUUAGGAAAAGCAAAGAGAAAAGAGUGUCCUUUGCAGCCUGAUCACACAAAUGAUGAAAAAGAAUAGAACUUUCUCAUUCAUCUUUAAAUAACGUCUCCUUGUUUACCCUGGUAUUCUAGAAUGUAAAUUUACAUAAAUGUGUUUGUUCCAAUUAGCUUUGUUGAACAGGCGUUUAAUUAAGAAAUUUAGGCUUAAAUUUAGAUGUUCAAAAGUAGUUGUGAAAUUUGAGAAUUUGUAAGACUAAUUAUGGUAACUUAGCUUAGUAUUCAGUAUAAUGCAUUGUUUGGUUUCUUUUACCAAAUUAAGUGUCUUGUUCUUGCUAAAAUCUAGUCAUUGCAUUGUGUUCUAAUUACAAGUGUGCUGUAUUUGAGAUUUGCUUAAAUUGUUGUACUGCUGCCAUUUUUAUUGGUGUUUGAUUAUUGGAAUGGUGCCAUAUUGUCACUCCUUCUAUUUGCUUUAAAAAGCAGAGUUAGACUUUUGCACAUUAAAAAAAUUCAGUGUUAAUUAAACCUUA